AAGCUCUUAGAUCGUCUGAAUGAUAAAUUGUAGUAGUUUAUAUCUCGUGAAGCUAUGUACAACCCUCAAACAUCUGCAUCAGUUUCACGCUCAGUUCAUCACUUCCGGCCGAAUAACAAAUGAUUUUAACAAGAACUCUGUUUUCGCCAAUGUCCUAUUCGCUAUCACCUCUGUCGCACCGACUUUAUCGAACUCGUCGUCGGCGUCAAAUGUGGUCUUGAGCUACGCGACUUCGGUUUUCAGAUUCAUCACAAACCCGUCAACGUUUUGCUUCAAUACGAUCAUUAGGAUUUACACACUUCAUGACCCGUCUUUGUCUUCUCAACGUUUCUUCGUGGAGAUGCGACGUCGCUCUGUUCCUCCAGAUUUUCACACUUUCCCUUUCGUAUUCAAGGCUUGUGCAGCAAAGAAGACUUGUGAUCUUCCAUUGGUCAAGACGUUGCAUUGUCAAGCUUUGAGAUUCGGACUGUUGUCUGAUUUGUUCACUUUGAAUACUCUGAUUCGUGUUUACUCAUUGAUUGCCCCAAUCGGUAUUGCCUUGCAGUUGUUCGACGAAAAUCCCCAGAGAGAUGUUGUUACGUACAAUGUGUUGAUCGAUGGGUUAGUGAAGGGGCGUGAGAUUGUUCGUGCAAGAGAGUUGUUUGAUUCAAUGCCCUUUCGUGAUUUGGUUUCAUGGAAUAGUCUCAUUGCUGGGUAUGCACAGAUGAAUCAGUGCAGAGAAGCAAUUAACCUUUUUGACGAAAUGAUUGCUUUGGGUUUGAAACCGGAUAACGUCGCCAUUGUUUCAACUCUCUCAGCUUGUGCUCAAUCAGGGGAUUUAGAUAAAGGGAAAGCUAUUCAUGAUUACACGAAAAGCAACAGACUUUUCGUAGAUUCGUUCCUAGCUACUGGAUUGGUGGAUUUCUACGCAAAAUGUGGUUUCAUUGAAAUAGCGAUGGAGAUCUUCGACUUGUGUUCUGAUAAAACUUUGUUCACAUGGAACGCAAUGAUCACUGGUCUUGCGAUGCAUGGUAACGGCAAGCUAACGGUGGAUUAUUUCCGUAAGAUGGUUAGUUCUGGUAUCAAACCGGAUGGAGUAAGCUUCAUAAGCGUUUUAGUGGGUUGUAGCCAUUCUGGUCUAGUUGAUGAAGCCAGGAACCUUUUUGACGAAAUGGGAUCUCUGUAUCAUAUUAACAGAGAGCUGAAACAUUACGGUUGUAUGGCGGAUUUGCUUGGAAGAGCAGGGUUGAUCGAAGAAGCAGCGGAAAUGAUCGAGCAAAUGCCUAAAGAUGGAGGAAAAAGAGAGAAACUAUUAGCAUGGAGCGGUUUGUUGGGCGGAUGUAGAAUCCACGGGAACAUAGAGAUCGCGGAGAAAGCUGCAAAGCAAGUCAAGGCGUUGAGUCCCGAGGAUGGAGGAGUGUACAAAGUAAUGGUGGAGAUGUAUGCAAACGCAGAGAGAUGGGAGGAUGUGGUUAAGGUUAGGGAAGUGAUUGAAAGAGAUAACAAAGUGAAGAAGAAUGCUGGAUUUAGUAAGGUUUUGUCAUAGCCAGAGAGCCAGAGUCAAAGAAAGUAGUUUUAUUUUUUUUGUCUUAGCCAAUCUCUAUUUGGAUUUUCUUGAAAAGUUUGGAUCUAAAACUAAUGCAUCAAUGUAUGUUUACUA